AUGUCUGGAAGUGUGGCCGACCAGCCGAAGAAGAGGGUUUUGACUGACACGACAAACACCCACAACGCUCUCCAGUCCCCGCCAACCGCAAAGAAGAGGAAACUCAACGGCAAUGGGCCCAUCGUCUCCUUCCGCUCAUCACAGCCCGGCCCAAAUGGGUUUAAAUCAAAGCUGGGCUUAUCCCAGCCCAAGAGCCAGUUUGAGAUCGAAGUCCUCGAGAAGAUGACACAGGACAUUGCAGGCUUGAAGGAGAACAAUUCGGAGAAAGACCAGCAGUGGGAGAGACCGAGUCUGGACGACUUUAAUCCAGACAUAGAUCCCUUACGGUUCCAGCAGAUCGAAAUCGAAGAAGGCACGUUGCAUGGUGGGAAGAUCGCUCUCAAAAUGUUCGGUGUAUCAGAGACUGGCCACUCCAUUCUUCUCCAUAUCACUGACUUCCUUCAUUACCUCUAUGUCGCAGCCCCCGUAAACUUCCAGCGGUCGGAUAUUGAAGGCUACAAAGCAUACCUUGAAAGCCAACUGGCGCAACAUCAACCCACCAUCCAUUCCGUUCAGAUGGUGCUUCGCGAAAACCUUUUUGGUUUCCAAGGAAACCAAAAGAGCCCGUAUCUCAAGAUUACGGUGACAGACCCCAAGUAUAUUAACCGGCUGCGGACCGCGAUAGAAGAUGGGCAUGCCAACUACAAAGGAAUGUGGAAGGGCGUCGAAAGCAAAAUUUUGACCUUCGACAACAUCCAAUACGUUCUUCGCUUCAUGAUCGAUACGGGUGUCACCGGGAUGUCGUGGGUGGAGGUCCCUCCACAGAAGUAUCACGUCCUGCCUCAGCAUGACCGUCAAUCAAAUUGCCAGAUCGAGGCAUCCUGUCAUUACCGGGACCUCAUUGCACAUGGACACGAUGGCGAAUGGGCGAAAAUGGCACCCCUGCGAAUCUUGUCCUUUGACAUUGAAUGCGCUGGUCGCAAAGGCGUCUUCCCCGAAGCUAAUCAAGAUCCGGUCAUUCAAAUCGCAAACGUGGUCACCAAGUAUGGCGAGUCAAAACCAUUCAUUCGAAAUGUCUUUGUGCUGGAUACAUGCAGCUUGAUUGUAAACACCAAGAUAUAUGAACAUAAAUCAGAGUCCGACAUGCUCAUGGCGUGGAGACACUUCUUGGAGGAAGUCGACCCGGACGUGAUCAUUGGCUACAACAUUGCAAACUUCGACUUCCCUUACCUCCUUGACAGAGCAAAGCACCUCAAGCUGACCAAAUUUCCUUACUGGUCUCGACUGAAGAGUGUGGCGUCCCAUGCCAGAGACACCAAUUUCUCCAGCAAGCAAAUGGGUAAUCGUGAUACGAAGGCCACAAACACUAAUGGGCGAAUUCAACUGGAUUUACUGCAGCUUGUUCAACGAGACUAUCAACUUCGAAGCUACACUCUGAACUCGGUCUGUGCUCAUUUUUUGGGAGAGCAGAAGGAGGAUGUCCACCACACUAUGAUCACAGAACUGUACAACGGAACUCCGGAUUCAAGAAGACGAUUGGCUGUCUAUUGUCUGAAAGAUGCGUACCUUCCACAACGGCUUAUGGACAAACUCAUGUGCCUCGUCAACUACACUGAAAUGGCCAGAGUUACGGGAGUUCCUUUCAACUACCUCCUGGCCCGAGGGCAACAAGUGAAAUUCAUCAGCCAACUUUUUCGCAAGGCGUUAGAGCAGCAACUAGUCAUCCCGAAUCUGCGAAAUGAGGGGACGGAUGAGCAGUACGAAGGAGCUACCGUCAUUGAACCCCUUCGAGGCUAUUAUGAUGUGCCCGUGGCUACUUUGGAUUUUGCGUCCUUGUAUCCAUCUAUCAUCCAGGCUCACAAUUUGUGCUACACCACACUGCUGAACAAAAAUAUCAUUGAGAAACUCAACCUGAAAAAGGAUGAAGAUUAUAUUCUCACGCCCAACGGUGAUCUCUUCUGCACAGCCAAAGUCCGAAAAGGGCUUCUCACGCAAAUCCUGGAAGAAUUGCUGGGUGCUCGAAAGCGAGCUAAAAAGGAGCUUGCGGUGGAGAAAGAUCCUUUUAAGAAAGCAGUUCUCAAUGGUCGUCAACUUGCUCUGAAAGUGUCUGCAAACUCCGUCUAUGGUAUCACAGGUGCCACUGUGGGAAAACUGCCCUGUCUCGCUAUUGCCUCGAGUACUACAGCAUAUGGCCGUCAAAUGAUUGAAAAGACAAAGUCUGAGGUGGAACAAAAGUACACCAUGGCAAAUGGAUAUUCACAUGACGCUCAGGUCAUUUACGGUGAUACCGAUUCAGUCAUGGUCAAGUUUGGCGAGAAGGAUCUGAAAAAGACCAUGGAACUUGGGCGAGAGGCCGCCGACUUUGUCUCUUCAAAAUUCAUCAAACCAAUCAAACUGGAGUUCGAAAAGGUUUAUUUCCCUUACCUGCUGAUCAAUAAGAAGCGAUAUGCGGGACUGUAUUGGACGAAUCCAGAAAAACAUGACAAGAUGGACAGCAAAGGUAUUGAAACUGUCCGCCGAGACAAUUGUCGCCUUGUCCAAGUCGUCAUCGAGACAGUCCUGGAGAAGAUCUUGAUCGACCGUGACCUAGAUGGAGCGCAGGACUAUGUCAAGGAGACGAUUGCGAACCUUUUGCAAAACAAGAUCGAUCUUAGCAUGCUUGUGAUUACAAAAGCACUCAGCAAAAGCGAUUACACCGCCAAACAGGCGCAUGUGGAACUUGCUGAGCGGAUGAAGAAACGCGACGCCGGCUCAGCCCCAGCACUGGGUGACCGUGUUGCGUAUGUCAUGGUGAAAGGCGCCAGUGGAUCCAAGAAUUACGAGAACUCUGAAGACCCGAUGUAUGUGCUCGAAAACAAUGUCCCCAUCGACACAAAAUAUUACCUGGACAAUCAGCUCGCCAACCCUCUGGGAAGAAUCUUCGAACCCAUCCUCGGUGAACGACGUGCUAAUUCGCUGCUUGCUGGCGACCAUACACGCUCCAUUUCCGUUGCCGCCCCUACGCUCGGCGGACUGAUGAAAUUCGCCAAAAAGACACAGACAUGCAUGGGCUGCAAAAAACCCCUUGUCAGCGCCGAGGAAGCGAACGGCGCCGUCUGCGAAAAUUGCCAUCCCCGAAUAGGCGAACUGUACAACAGACAAGUCAAAAAGGUCGGUGAAUUGGAAGUAAGGUUUGCAAGGCUGUGGACGCAGUGUCAACGGUGUCAGGGUAGUAUGCACUCCGAGGUGCUAUGCUCGAGUAGGGAUUGUCCAAUUUUCUAUAUGAGGAUGAAGGCAAGAAAGGAGGUGGAAGAGCAAGGAAAGGAGUUGGCAAGAUUCGAUAGGGACGUUGGUGCAAUUUGGUAG